GUGCCCCCGCGUGGUGACAGCCAGCGGGACGUGACGUCACGACGUAGCUGCUGUCAUUUGCUCCUUUCGCAGCUCUUUUCCAAUCUAGCUGUCUAAAAUAGUGGAAGCCAGUGCAUUCCCACAGCGUUCAAAAUGGUGAAGGUGAAAUGCUCGGAACUGCGGACCAAGGACAAGAAGGAGCUGACCAAGCAGCUCGAGGAGCUCAAGACUGAGCUGCUCAAUCUGCGUGUGGCUAAGGUCACCGGUGGAGCUCCCUCCAAGCUGUCCAAGAUCCGCGUCGUCCGCAAGGCCAUCGCCCGCGUGUACAUCGUGAUGAACACCAAGACCAAGGACAACCUGCGCAAGCUGUACAAGGGCAAGAAGUACGUCCCGCUGGAUCUGCGCCCCAAGAGGACCCGCGCCAUGCGUAAGGCCCUGUCCCCCCGGGAUGCCGCUCGGUUGACCCUGAAGGAACAGCGAAAGCGCGCCAAGUUCCCGAAGCGGAAGUACGCCGUCAAGGCCUAAGGUUGCACCCCCCGAGAGUUGUCAAAAAGUGCAAACGGGCUUCUGUUUAUUAAACUUUUGUUUGUAAGUUGCGAAAUGCUAGGUACGGAACCGGUUUUGGGUUCCCAGCCAAAACAAAACUAGGGAGGACGUGUGGUGAAGAAGAAUAAAUUCCGGAAAAACUGUUUCCAAACUGGA